AUGGAUAAAUACUUUAAUGGCAAGAAAAGAAAAGAGAAAGAAGAAACAUCAGAAAAUUUAACGAUUGAAGAGCAACAAAAUCAGAAUGAUAUUGAUAAUGAUCAUGUGGAUGAACAGAAAGAGAACAAGGAAAUUAUUGAACCUGAAAAUAUGGAUGAGUCAAAACAGAAUGAUGAAAAUCAUGUUCAACAUGAAGAUUUAAAUCAAGAGAAUUGCUUCUCUUUGAAUUUUAAUGAUCCUGGAAAUUGGAAGGACAUUCACAUUGAUCAAAAGAUAAGAAACUUUUUAGUUGAAGUGGGUCCAAAAAGAGUUGAUGACAUCUUCUUUCCCAGAGAUAAUAAAGGUAGACAUUUUGAAUCAUCACAAUAUAAGCGAUUAAUGGCAAAUGGGCAGACAACUGAUAGAAGAUGGUUAGUGUAUUCAAUUUCUUUGGAUAAGAUCUUCUGUUUUUGCUGCAAGUUAUUUAAGACAGAAAAAAUGGACAAAAAUAUUGGCCAAUUGGGUAAUGACGGAUACAAUGAUUGGCAUAAUAUGCAUCGGCGUCUUACACAUCACGAAGUGUCUAAGGAGCAUAUAGGUUGCAUGAUUAGUUGGAUGGAAUUGGAAAAUAGGCUUCAAACAAAACAUACAAUUGAUGAAAGCAUACAAUUGUCCAUCAACAAAGAAAGAGAGCAUUGGAGACAAGUGUUAACGAGAAUAAUUGCUAUUGUGAAAAGACUCGCUAAAAAUACUUUGGCAUUUCGUGGAGAUUGUGAGCAACUUUAUGUUGAGGACAACGGACUUUUUUUGCAAAUGAUAGAAAUGGUUGCCGAGUUCGAUCCAAUAAUGGAAGAACACAUUCGACGUGCCCAAGCACGCGAGAUUCAGUAUACAUAUCUGGGCCCUAAGAUUCAAAAUGAAUUGAUACAAAUGUUAGCAGGCGAGGUGAGAAGUGCAAUUGUCACAAAAGUGAAACAUGCAAAAUAUUUUUCCGUCAUACUUGAUUGUACUCCAGAUGCGAGUAACGAAGAACAAAUGUCUCUAGUAAUACGAUGCGUGGAUGAUUCGAUAGACUCGCCGAUGGUACAAGAAUAUUGGAUUGAAUUUUUGAAGGUGGAUGAUGCAUCAGGAUUUGGACUUUUCAUCGAGCUUAAAAAUGUGUUAAAGAAUCUUGAGCUUGAUAUUGAUAAUAUAAGAGGUCAAGGGUAUGACAAUGGAGCUAACAUGAGCGGAAGACAUAGAGGUGUACAAAAAAGGUUACUUGAAAUUAAUCCUAGAGCUUUCUAUACUCCAUGUGGUUGCUAUAGCCUUAAUCUAGCAUUAUAUAAGGUUCAAGGUCUGACACUUAAGCCAUUGUCACAGACACGCUGGGAAAGUCAUGUGGAAAGCGUCCAGCCUAUAAAAGAACAAUCUGUACAAAUAAGAGACACUUUACUUGACUUGGCAAACAUUGUUGAAGAUCCUAAAACAAAAAGUGAAGCUGAGUCCUUCGCAAUAUAUGAACUUGAAAAUUUUGAGUUUUUACUUGGCAUAGUAAUUUGGUAUAAGUUGUUGCAUGCAAUCAAUACUGUGAAUAAAUUUUUUCAAGCCGAAAACAUGGAUAUUAAUGAAGCCAUCAAACUUUUACAAGCACUUAUUUCAUUUCUCGAAGAUUAUAGAGAAUCUGGGUUUGCCAGUGCUAUGGAUGAAGCUAAACAAAUGGCAAGUGAAAUGGGAAUUGAAGCUGUAUUUCAAAAGAGACGUAGCAUUCGAAGAAAGAAACAAUUCGAUGAAAGUGGCACUGAAGAGGUAACAUACUCGGCUGAAGAUUCUUUUAGAGUUGAGUAUUUUCUCUUUAUAAUUGAUCAAGCUCGAUCAUCACUUCAAACUCGUUUUGAACAAUUUACACAUUAUGAAGAGAUAUUUGGAUUUUUGUUUAACAUGGAUAGAUUAAAGAGUAUGCCAGUUGACAGUGUGCUAAAAUCUUGUAUGAAUCUUGAGCAGUAUUUAGAACAUAAUGGACAUUCAGACAUUUUAGUUGAUGAUUUAUGUUCGGAGUUGAUCGUCUCGAGGUGCUAUUUAACUAGCGAAACAAAAAGAGCAAUUGAUGUGCUACAUUACUUGAAGAAAAUGAAUGGUUGUUUUCCGAAUGCUUGCAUUGCUUACAAGAUUUUGCUCACCAUCCCGGUUACAGUUGCAUCAGCAGAAAGAAGUUUUUCCAAGUUGAAAUUGAUCAAGACUUAUAUCCGAUCAACUAUGUCAUAG